UGCAAGCUUACUUUGUUUGACCAACUCCUCUCCUUUUUCUCUCUCCUUCCAUAUCUGUAUAUCUCCAACUUCGUUUUGUUUUAGCAUGUCUCUUGGUCCCCAAGGUCUCCAGGUUCCAGGAAGGAAAGGGGAUGACCUUUAAAAAAAAGCCCCUCAAAUUUUCCACAAAGAAUUCAUACAUUUCGAGCUUUGAAUUCAUCAAACCACGCUGGUCUUUUACCACGAGGCUUAAAAACCGUUGAAUUAGACCCAUAUAUUUUUUUAAAAUCCCAUUUUAUCAUUCAAAACCUAUCUCAGUUGAUAAAUACGAGAUUUCAAGGACUGACGUGGCCUUUUUUGGUAGGGUUGGUGCGUCAUUGAAGGUUUAGUGGACUGUAUGGUUUUUCCCUUUUUAGUUUAUCCUCCUAGUCCUAUAUAAGAUCGAGAGGGCAGUCAGAAUCAGAAUCAUCGUUUUGAUUUACUCGAAAGGGAAAUCUUUUCUGGCAUAGAGAGAAACAGAGUAACAAGGAAAACAUAUCUGAAGGUCUUCUAUAUUCAGGAUACAGGUCCAGGAUUGUCGUGUCAUAAACUAAUUGAAGGCUUAUGGGAUUGUCACUUUCCUCGCUUGUAUCAGCCUGGCAACAAAUUCUAAGUCACGGGUUUUAUGAUUUGGACUACAACAUCAGUCUCUGUUCAAAAGAUGGAGAGGUGACCUUGAGGGUAAAUAGCUUCAAGAGAACAGAUUCAGAAACCAUGACCAACUCAGUUGGGUCAGACAAAAUUCAAAGAAAAAAUUCAAUUACGUUGAGAAGUAGUAAACCUGAUCAUAAAGUAAUACUUGAGAAAACUUUUUCAUUCAAGAAUCUAGUUCAUGAUAAACGGAAGUUGGGUUCAAAUGAAUCGAAUGGACUAAUACAUAAGCCAAUGCCCACACUUUCUCUACCUGAACCGACGGUUUUGUUUUCACCAAGACCCGUUAGCGAGCUUGAUGCGGCUGCUGUUAAGCUUCAAAAAGUCUACAAGAGCUACAGGACCCGAAGAAACCUUGCAGAUUGUGCAGUGGUGAUUGAGGAGCUAUGGUGGAAGGUAUUAGACCUUGCAGAGCUCAAGCAAAGUUCUGUCUCAUUCUUCGAUGUUGAAAAACCAGAAUCUGCAGUUUCACGGUGGGCAAGAGCCAAGACAAGAGCAGCAAAGGUGGGAAAGGGAUUGUCCAAGGAUGAAAAGGCUCAAAAACUAGCCCUUCAACACUGGCUUGAAGCUAUUGAUCCACGACAUCGGUAUGGGCACAAUUUACACCUGUAUUAUGACGUUUGGUUCUCCACUGAAAGCACACAGCCUUUCUUCUACUGGUUGGAUGUUGGAGAUGGGAAAGAAGUAAAUCUUGACAAAUGUCCGAGGAAAAAACUACAACAGCAAUGCAUCACAUAUCUUGGACCAAAAGAAAGGGAAGAAUAUGAAGUAAUAGUUGACAAUGGCAGGCUUAUUUUUAGGCAAAGUGGGUUGCCGGUGGAUACGACAGGGGAAUCAAAAUGGAUAUUUGUCCUUAGCACAACUAGGGUCUUAUAUGUGGGUCAAAAGGAAAAGGGUAAAUUUCAACAUUCUAGUUUUCUAGCCGGAGGUGCUACCACAGCGGCUGGAAGAUUGGUUGCCCGUGAUGGAGUUCUUGAGGCAAUAUGGCCAUACAGUGGUCACUAUCACCCAACGGAAGAGAAUUUCAUGGAAUUCAUUAACUUCCUUGAGGAAAAUCAUGUAAAUCUUACAAAUGUUAAGAGGUGUGCUAUUGAUGAUGACUACUCUUAUGGGCAAGCCGCAGCUAAGGUACCCGUUGAUUCUCACGAAACCAGGAAACCUGACGUUAGUGAUGGAGCUGACAGCAUCAGAGGGUCAACAAGCACAGAUGAUCUUCACCUAGAUGAAAAGAUUAACACCAAUGGCGAGAAAGCAGAAGCACCAGUAUUCAAUCUGGCCAAGAGAUUGUCAUACAAGUGGACCACGGGGGUUGGACCCCGUAUUGGUUGUGUGCGCGACUACCCUAGCGAGCUGCAGUCGAAAGCACUCGAGCAAGUUCACUUGUCACCAAGGAUUGCUCCUGGGUUCGUGAAUUAUGGUCCAAUUCCCUCACCAAGGCCCAGUCCAAAGAUUCAUCUUUCGCCAGGGAUUGCAGGUAUAGGCCUGCCAAGUCCAAGACCCAUAGCAGCAGCUAGGUAAGCCAGUUCACCGAAGGAGCUGGCCUACUAGCUUGCAUGCUUGGUUAACCAUAAGUUGGGUCAAGACUCGAAGACCAUUAGCCCUGGUGCACUGCUUGUGCCGAAACAGGAAUUUGGGGAAUCAAUGGGGCAUACACAUAACAAAAAUGUCCAUUCAUUAUUUUUUUAUUCAUCAUUUUGUAUGAAGUUAUUCACUUCAUUUUUUUUUACUACUACUAAAUAUUAUUGAGCCAGGCGAUUUUUUAUCACACUUCUGGCUAAAAGUUCUUUUUUCCUUUGUUAAAUAAUGAAAAGGUAAUAAAUCAUUUUGAAACUUUACAAUUUUGUAUGGGACCUGAACACACUCAAUUGAGUCUGAUAAAAUUGUAAGAAAAAAAAAAUCAAUAACAUUGAGAAUUACCAA